CCUAGUGUUGAACUUGAACAUGCACCGGAAGUAAACUGAAUCUGUUGUAGGAUGGCUAAAGAAGUUGUUGGUUGUAUCUAAACUCCAUUUAUUUUGUUGAUUUAGGUCUGUGCGCUCAGUGCUGACAUGGCACACAGAUAUCUCCACCUCUCCAGAGGCUGCAGGAACCUUUACAGAGUUUUUCUGCCUAAUUUCAGAUCACCAAAGGCGGCGCGACUGGUAUCUACCCAGACUGAGGCCCUGCAGAAACGAGUGUUGCUUUCUCAGGUGUUGGACACGUACAGAAGGUUAUGCUCAAAGCCUCCGAAAGGAUUUGAAAAAUACUUUCCGAAGAACGGCAGCCCGAAGAACGGCGAGCCCAAAGCACCCAACGCAGAGGCCCAAGAGGCCAAGCCGAACAAUGCACACAAGAACUCUGGGAAGUCUGAAGGUGGAGGAGGAGCUGGUGGGGGCGGAGGCAAAAAGGGAGGAAAGAAGGAUGAAAGCAACUGGUUCAACCGUGUUCAAAAGGGGGAUAUUCCGUGGGACGACAAGGACUUCCGCAUGUACUUAAUGGUUUCGGCGACUUUUUGGGCAGCGGUCAGUUACUACUUCUUCCGGGAUGCAGGAAAAGAAGUCACCUGGAAGGACUUUGUUAAUGGCUACCUGGCUAAAGGAGUCGUCGACAGGUUGGAGGUUGUAAACAAGCGCUUUGUGAAAGUUGUAUUCUCUCCAGGAAAAGCGGAAGCUAAUGGGAAAUAUGUGUGGUUCAACAUCGGCAGCGUGGACACGUUUGAGCGGAAUCUGGAGACGGCUCAAAUGGAGCUGGGUAUCGAAGGGGAGAACAGGCUGCCUGUAGUUUACUCCACUGAGAGUGACGGCUCUUUCCUUCUCAGCAUGCUUCCCACCGCACUCAUCAUCGGCUUCCUGCUCUUCAUGCUGCGGCGAGGACCCGCGGGCGCCGGGCGGCCCGGCAGGGGAAUGGGCGGCCUGUUCAGCGUCAGCGAGACCACGGCCAAAGUGCUGCGCGAUGAGAUCGACGUCAAGUUCAAGGACGUGGCCGGGUGCGAGGAGGCCAAGCUGGAGAUCAUGGAGUUUGUUAACUUCCUGAAGAACCCCAAGCAGUACCAGGACCUUGGGGCCAAGAUCCCUAAGGGUGCCAUUCUGACCGGACCUCCCGGUACUGGGAAGACCCUGUUAGCAAAGGCGACUGCAGGUGAAGCGAACGUCCCCUUCAUCACCGUUAAUGGCUCCGAAUUCCUAGAGAUGUUUGUGGGCGUCGGUCCAGCCAGGGUUCGAGACCUUUUUGUUUUGGCACGCAAGAACGCCCCCUGCAUCCUCUUCAUAGACGAAAUCGACGCAGUGGGGAGGAAAAGAGGCAGGGGCAGUUUCGGAGGGCAGAGUGAGCAGGAGAACACGCUCAACCAGCUGCUAGUGGAAAUGGACGGGUUUAACACUGCCACCAAUGUAGUGGUUCUGGCUGGUACGAACAGACCGGACAUCCUGGACCCAGCACUGCUGAGACCCGGACGCUUCGAUAGGCAGAUAUACAUCGGUCCUCCAGAUAUCAAAGGCAGAGCUUCGAUAUUUAAAGUUCAUCUGAGACCACUGAAACUGGAUGCAGAGUUGGACAAGGAGAAUCUUGCCAGGAAGAUGGCUGCCCUCACACCUGGCUUUUCAGGUGCUGACAUUGCUAACGUGUGUAACGAGGCAGCACUGAUCGCAGCUCGCCACCUCUCUGACGCCAUCACACAGAAACAUUUUGAGCAGGCUAUCGAGCGUGUGAUCGGAGGCUUAGAGAAGAAGACGCAGGUGUUGCAGCCUGAGGAGAAAAAGACCGUAGCAUACCAUGAGGCAGGACAUGCUGUAGCUGGGUGGUACCUGGAGCAUGCAGACCCUCUGUUAAAGGUGUCUAUCAUCCCACGUGGUAAAGGUCUGGGCUACGCUCAGUACCUCCCAAAAGAGCAGUAUCUCUACACCAAGGAGCAGCUGCUGGACCGGAUGUGCAUGACGCUCGGCGGCCGUAUCGCUGAGGAGAUCUUCUUCGGUCGCAUCACCACUGGAGCGCAGGAUGACCUGAGGAAGGUGACACAGAGCGCGUACGCACAGAUAGUGCAGUUUGGGAUGAAUGAGAAGGUGGGUCAGGUGUCGUUCGACCUCCCUCGGCAGGGGGAUCUGGUUCUGGAGAAGCCGUACAGCGAGGCGACGGCGCGUCUGAUCGAUUCAGAGGUGCGGGAUCUUAUUAACAACGCCUACGAGCGCACAAAGAAGCUUCUGACAGAGAAGAAGGACGAUGUAGAAAAGGUGGCGCUGCGCCUGCUGGAGAAGGAGGUCCUGGAUAAGAGCGACAUGGUGGAGCUCCUGGGCCGGCGGCCGUUCGCUGAGAAGUCGACGUACGAGGAAUUUGUGGAGGGCACAGGAGGACUGGACGAGGACACGUCACUCCCUGAGGGACUGAAAGACUGGAAUAAGGAACGAGGGAGCGAGAAGGAGGAGAGCACGGAGGAGCAGGUGGCGCGCCAGAUCGCAGGCGACAUGCCUUUCUAAACGCAGUCCUCCACCAGAGGGCGACAUUUACAGUAGUGAGUGGGAAAUUUAAUGCGGGUCGAGUCGGGGCUGGUCAUGUGACCUUUCCGAUCCACACGCAGACCUUCAUCGUGUCACAGGUUGGUGUGAGCUGCAUAGCUGAUGAUGGAGAGGUGAUUGGUUUUAAAUGGAGAGGUGUUCUAGCUGUUGGUCAGUGAAGCACACUUUGAAAUCGCAGGUGGGUUUUUGGAGCACGCUGCUGAAGAAAUUUGCUUGACUGUCUAAGAUGAGCAGGAGUGAUGUAUGAUGAAUUUUCCUAAAGAAAAUGUGUAUAAAGGAAGUAUGAACAAAAAAUCCUUAAAUUAAAUUAUUCCUGGUCAUAGUUGCUUCUGUGAAGAUCUUAUACCACACAGUGCAUCGCUUGUGUCUGCUGUGUUAAUCAGAUAAUCAGAUAAUUAGGAAGGAAACACAAUGUUUUCACUAGAUGUGCUCACUAGAUACGAGAAAAGUUUAUUUCUAGCAGAAAAAGCAUGAUGUCAUCUUAACAAUGUUGUCAAGCACUUGGUUACUGCAUUUUCUGCAGGUUUUUUUUUUUUAUUUAAAGGAAUACUUCAGUGUUGUUUAAUCUAAUGUAUAUCUGUAUAUCUAUAGUGUAUGUGCAAUUACAAAGAAUAAGAGUUUCCCUGUACUGAGAAAGGAACUUUUAAUGGUUCUACAAGGAACUUACAAUUGCCCUUGAACUUCUAAAAAUUUUGAUGGCAAUUGUUGGCUCAAUGUAUAUCAAUCAUAAUUUUAUAGAACGUUUUCAUGAAUUGUUUGCUUAAAUAUAUUUGCAAAUUAAGCCGAAAAGUGGUAUAAUUCAUAUUAUUAUACUUUUUCACUGCACUGAUUAAUGUGGUCUCAAGUAAAAAUUAGAAGGCCACAGACUCCUGAUUAGUAACUUGAUUGAUUUUUUGUUUUUCAGUCUUGUGCUAGUAUUAGAAAAUUAGGAAUAAAUUUACUCUCAUGUCUGUUAUAAGGUUGUAGUUUUGAAUUUGUGUUAGUCAUAUUUUAAAUGUUUUUUGAAUGAAUUAAACACCUGCCUCAUUUUGAGUAAACAGGUUUUCGGUUCUUUUCUCAGUACAGGGAUACCACAGAUGUAGUGGAUGGAUAUUGGAUUAAAAAAUGCUGGAGUGUUGCUUUAACUGGUAAGAAGCAGGCACUUACAUCAUCUGUGUGUUUUCUAUAAGCCAUUAUGUGUAAAUGUAUAUUUCCGUCUAAAGGCAAUCGUAAUUUUUGAUUUGGCUUUAUGUAUUAGUAAUUUAUCUAUUACACGCCUAGCAGAUUAAACAAGUAAAUGUCUUGCUUGUUUACUACCUUCAAGAGAGACAUAAAAAAGAUGCAACAUCUGUUUAUAGCUGCUGGAACCUAAGUGACAUAACAAGUGUAACAUACUUGUUUCUUGGAUGUUCCGUGACAUUGAAUGUAACUAUAAACAGAUUAAAAAGUAUGUAUUUAAUUCUUUAAUUAAUAAAAAAAUAAUAAUAAUAAUUGUUGUCUUUGGUAUAAGUGGAAUAAAGCACUUCAAGAUGUCCUGUUAUAGAAAACUAAUCAACUUCGGGGCGGGUAACAGUAACUAUGCAUCAUCAGACCACAUGGUCAUUGAUUAUUUACCUGGAACAGCACACCACAGAGUUCAUCAUUCAUUAUUUCUUAAUUCUCAUAACACAAUAUAUCUAAAUACAGAUCCAUGCAGUAUCAGCAUCAGGUUUUUCAGCCACUUUUGUGCGGCGGUACUGAGUUUGGAUUGUGUAAUAAUACCUGUAUUUGUAUUUUGUGAAAACGGUUUUCAGUGUUUGAAUAAAUGUAGAUAAAUA